AUGCAUCACGAAUAUUCAGAACCAGAAACUCUUGUGAACUCAGAAGCAACUAGUACCGUUGGUGUAGAUGAUAAAGAAAGUUUGGAGGAAGCUUUGCUAUCGAGCUCAAAGUUUUUAAACUAUCGAGAAUCGUAUGAAAGGCAUGCUAUCAAAAACCCACAUAGUGUAAUUGAAGAACACUUAUAUCCAAAUUUUACUGGCCAGACUUUAAUGGGAAGGGACAAGGUCAAUUACAGAGGGGAUACUUUCUAUUUCAUAGACGAAAAAUAUUUCAAAUAUGAAGAUUUCAAUGAAGUUGAUGGAGAAAAUUUCUCCGUAACUUUUUUGCACUUAGGGUCAAAGUUAUCUGGUCAUACUGGGAUAAUUCACGGUGGCCUCUUGGCCACAUUUUUAGAUGAAAUGACAUGCAGGUUAGCAUUUCAAAAUAUCUCUUCGAAGAAAGGUGUCACUGCCAAUUUGAAUAUCAAUUAUAGAAAGCCAUGCUUGGCGGAUAACUAUGUGAUGAUCAAGUGUUCGAUAAUCAAGAAGAUAGGGAGGAAAUGUUGGGUAAAGGGAUGUGUUUAUACCGUAGAUUUGGAUAAUGCAUGUGAUAUUGAGGACAACGAAAACUUAGCUGCAGAAUGUGAAGUUUUGGUUGUGGAGCCUAGAUGGGUCCACAAGUUAAGCAAUACAAAGUGA